UAAUUUGUUUAUUAUCGCUGCUUAUCUUUCUAUGCGACUUUAGUAAGUCGUUAACUAUUUAUUAACUUACACAUUUAUACGUAAUUUUGAAAUAUUUUAUAAUAUCGGUCCAGAAACUAGUUUGCUUGUGAAACACGGGGGAUAGUUGCCGGCGUAUGAAUUUCAGUGAUGGAAUUAGUAUCGUUCGUCAAGGAAGUACUACAGAAUGCAGCGGAAAGUGCAGCGAGCUAUCGGCUCGGGCAGACCGUGCUCCGCUACAUGGACCGAGCGCUCUGGAUCGUGGAGAAAAGCGCAAGAUGGGCUGUACCACCACCGUUGGAUCAAGAGGAAAGGCCACAGCCGGAGCUGAUUCGUCCUCUUCCGUGGGUAUUCUUCCUGGCACUCCUCAUUGUUCUGCGUGUCACUAGAGAGUCCAUAUCUCUCGUGAAUCUAGCCUUCGGGAAGCCGCCACUCAGAUCAGCUGAUGUCGUAAUAUAUAUUCAAAGUAAGCGUCGCUACCUCCGCACUCUCAAGUACCAAGGCAACCGCAUGAUGCGCGCACGUACCGAGCCCACGACGCGGGAGUCUUGGUUCAGCAGUUUUCAGUCCCUUUUCGAGUUCACGAUGUGCUUCAGGAGGCAGCACUAUGGUAACAAUAACACGCAACUCAGUAAUGGAGAUGAGGUUCUGGUGGUGAAGAGAAACAAGCGAGGACGGGAAGCGGACGCCGACAGCAGCAUGGAGCGACUCAUAGAGAAGAUGAUGGUCGACAUCGACGCAGACUCCGACGACUCGUCGGGAUACACGUUAACCAACAUCACAAAUCCAAGAAGCGACAAAUCUGAUUACAACACCGAGUCGGACCAGGAUACUAUACAAACAAAUAAAAACGCGGAUGGCAACGGUAACAGGAGUAAUUCCUCAGCCGAGGGUAAUACCUAUGAUGAGACUUGGGCUGCUACAGACAAUACAGAUGAUACAGAGCUACCGAACAGUGAUCAUAUAUACAAAUUGGACUCGAAGAAAUAUUCCAUUGACUUUAUAAAAGCCGAAAUUAGCAACCAGGUGGAACAGAUUAUAAAAAAUCAACAUAAAAUAUCGAAUGGAAGAGCAGCUAAUGAUUCUUCGAUUAAUGAAAGUCCUACAGAUGCUGAAGCGGGAUAUUGAAAAGAAUCAUUGCAUCGUUAACUGCAAACAAUGAUACAACAGUGAAUUCCAAAAGUAAGAACAAAUAUUCGGGUACUCGUCGAUUUUUUUUUUUUAAUUUAAUAAGAAUAUGUCAUAUAAGGUUUUUUUUAUACAAUUCAGUUUUUAAAUAUAUUUUUUUAUAGAUAUUUUUUAAAUUCUGUUUAUCGCAUGUAUGUUUUGAAUUUAUUAUUAACAACUCCCGAAGGAGAGGCGUAAGCGACCAGAGCGUCUAAUGUUGCGGUUACACAUGUGCGACAUAUCGAAUACGACGUUCUUUGGCAAAGGGAUGUCCGUCUGACGUAUUGAUAUAUGCAAGUAGACCGGUUGUCUAGUUACAUCAUAUUUUGUCAAGUUACUAACGACAGAAAGACUAAGACUAAAAAUUCAACCGUUUUAGAUUUUUUUUUUAAAUAUUAUUGGUAGGCGGGCGACCACCAGCCAUAGACAAGGGCAAUGUAAGAAAUAUUAACUAAACAUUACAUCGCCAAUGCGCCACCAACCUUGGUAACUAUAAUGUUAUGAUAUCUGUAGUUACACUGGCUCGCUCACCCUUCAAACCGGAACCCAACAAUACUAAAUAUUACUGUGUAGCGGUGGAAUAUCUGAUGAGUGGGUGGUACAUACCCAGACGGACUUGCAAAAUGUCCUACCCUUUAUUGUAAUGCACAGACUUACCAUCGAAAGCUCUACGUCGUAUUCUAUCCUUGGUUUCGUUUUACGCUUAUUUUGUAUGACAUAUCAUGACAGAAAAUUUGUUUAUAUUAAAUUUUGUCGAAGCUUAUUCAUGUCCGAAUUCAAUUAUUAUUUAAAAAAACAUUUUGUCUGUUAAAAUAGAUCGACUGAGCAUAUUUCCUAUAUUUAUUAUAGAUAUAAGUAAUAUAAGUUUUUUUAUUCCUCUUUUUUUAGUGACGUAAGAUUUCAUCGAUUAAAAAACGGCAUUUCGUUGUAAAUUUAUAUGAACGUGCAAUAUUCACAAAAUUAUUUAUAAUAUGUGAAUCUCAUUUCUCUAAUGCGACGAUGACGUCACAGUCGACGAAAUCCAAUUGUAUCCACAUCGCUUAUGUCCGUGAAGUUUGUAUUUUGUGAAGAUUAUUGUUAAUCAUUUCAAGUGUUCCGUGAGAAAAUGAACUAUAUAAUAAAAAACUUGCAAAAGAUAUCAGAAUUAAUUUUGUAUGGCUAAAUUCUUGUUUAUUUUUUAUUCUAAGCGCAUGAUACGAUAUACGUUUUUCGCUUUUCAAUAAUGGGCUCAUUUUAAAAAACGAUUAUUUUCAGUUGAUAUUUCCAAUUAUCACAAUCGAUAUUACUCAUUGAUGACAAUUAAAAUUGAAUACAUAUAAAAUUCGACUUAUUUAGCUUAAAGUUAAUGGUCUAAUUAGUUAAUUAAUUGAAUACAUAUUUUUUACUAAUUUGCUUCCGCAUAAAAUUAUUUUUUAAUAAUACGAUUAUUACUCUGUAUUGCAAUGGCAGAAGACGUAAACAUAAACAAACCUAAGGUAUAUAUACUUUAUAUUCCAGGCGAUUUCUUAACAGCUCUGCUAUAUUACGCACUAUCAUCAAUUCUUGAUUAAUAUAUACUUUUUUAUAAUGUAUCAUUAUUUCACUUAAAUUAUUUUUCUAUCCACUAUACUUUUACUUUCAUAUUUCCGAUGACAAUUUCGUCGAAAAAAAAAACCGCCAUUUUUUUACGAAUUCCACAGAUUAUUUAGAUCUCGAACAACGAUGUCAUGACAAUUCAAUGUCAAAGUUAUUUAUUUAUCUUCACUUCACUUCUUUCUACAUAAUGGACUUCACAUAUCUUUCAGGUUUGUUGUGCUCAUGGGAUCAGCUUUGAGUACCAUAAAGCACGAUUUUUUUUACAUUUUUUUUAACAACAGUUCUAUAUAUUGGCUCUUUUUUGACACUAAUUAGGUAAUACUGUAAUGAUGCAAUAGAUGCAAUGCCAAGGGGGCACUUGACGAAAUACUUUUUAAAAUUAAAUUAAUUUAUGAUCUUUACUUUAUCUUGUACUUGACAUCUCGAGGCGGUAGAUAUUCUAAGUUGUAUGUCUAAAAAUAUAUUUACAAAUUAUACAAUUUUAACACUUAAGAUUUUACAAUGGUUAUUUGGCAGCUAUUUAUAAAACUAGUUCCUAUUUAUGUAUUUAUUAAAUUUUAAAUUUAUUUUUUUCAUAAAAUAUGCCAAUUUUUAUAAGCUUAUUUUUGUAACAACUAUAACGCAUCUGUAAUGUAUUUAUUAGUAGAGGGGGACAAUUCUUCUAAUAUAUUGUUACUUUAUCGCAAUCGAAUCGAAGCGUGAUCGUUGCCGUUAUUUCGUUUUCAUAUUUUUUAAUUUAAUUAUCGACUAUUGCCAUAAAAAUAAACACUUACGUUUGAUUUUGACAUAACGAUAAACGUUAACAUAAUAAUGAUUCAAAGUUGGAUCGGAAUUGAAUCGGGAACGUAUCGUAAUCGUUAUAAAAUAGUAGACGAAUUCUACUAUUUUAAUCUCUCUCUAUAAUAUUCUCGUUUAAUCUUCCUGAAACACUGCAGGAAAAAACAUCUUCACUUAAAGCAUUAAUAUAUAAGUUGAACUGUUACAUCUAAUGAUAAUUAUAAUAUGAACUUAUUUUGAUUAAUACGUAAUAUCAUAUUUUAUAACAUAUAGACAAGAAAUGAAGUCUAUGUGUUAAGUGAAAUUAAAGAUUAUUAUUAUUCAUGACAUUUUAUAGCUACUCUAUUUUUUUAAAUAAUGUACUGCUAGUAUAAUAAGUAAUUUUUAAACAUUUUAUAACAUAAAACGUGUGAAAGAAAAAGCAAAAUUAAUAUUAUAAAAAAAAAAAACAAAAAUGUUUCCAAAGUUUUGGCUGUGUAAUGAAUAACAAGACUGAUGGUGAAAUUGUCGAAACUGUUCCUAAUUGUGCUUUUUCUCGAAUUAUCAUAAUAAUUAACAUUAUUUUUAUACGUAAUAUAUAUAAGGUUUUUUCUAAUGUUUAUAUCUGAUGAAUUUACCAUUGCAAAUAUAUUUAUAUUACUGAAUAAA